GCGAUAGCCCUUAGUCUCGCAUACCAUAAAGAAAGAGUGUUUAUUCUAGUAUAGAGCUAUAUUCCAGUGUCGGAGAGAUAGUUUCGCUAACCUUAAUAGUGAUCAACUUUGUUAAUUAAUAUUUCGCUUUACUGUGAAGACCAACGAUUUUUCUAAGUAGAAAAGUUGUUUGUUCCUAAGAAACGUGUCGAUUGAAUAUUAUUGUAUCAAUAUUGAAGUAUAUAAAAGUAUGGAAGACUUUGUAUCAACACGUGCUUCUCACAUCAAGAGAAACUAUGUUUCCGUGAGUUAUGAGAACCCAAAGAAGAAAACAAAAUUAAUAGAUAGUUUGGUUAAUACGCAAAAGUUACAGAAGAAUGAUCUGAUUAAUUCUGUAAUAAAAAGUGAUUCAACUGAAUUAAGAAAGGAACAAAAAAAAGUAAUGAAAAAAGCACGAUAUGAUAUUAUUAAGUUAGGUAUGACUGGUUUUGAAAAAGGAAAAGCAAGAAAAACAAAAGUUGAACUCUCUAUCAGCUUGGGUGCAGUUGCACCUAAAAAUAGAAUGCUAAAUUACAAGAAGUUGAAGAUAUACCAAAAAAUGGAUGAGAAGAAGAUAAAACAGGAGGAACAUGCUUCUGGAUUAACUAACAGUCUACUCAAACACAAGCACAAGAAAAUUUGCAAAAGAGACUCCGAUAUUCUAGGAAUAUAUGGGAAAAUACCAAAGAAUACUUUGCAUAAGCAAAAGAACUUGUGUUAGUAAAUCACACACAAAAUUACAUAGCGCAUAUGCAUAGCAUAAGAUAGUAUGGACCAAUGAGCAUCGAAUAUUAAGUAUCAAUCAUCAAUAUGGCGACUUAAUAUUCAAUGCUCAUUG